AUGCCCGGAACAGUUGCUUUAGCCGUUGCCGUGCUUGCCGGCUUGGCCACGGUGUACUUCUUGUACGGCCUGAUCUUUGGUGGUGCCAAGAAGGACGAAUUUGCAAAUGACCAAGAGAAGGACGAGCAAAACUUUGUGCAGCGCAUGGCGGAGCAGAAUAAGCGCCUUGCUGUCUUCUUCGGAUCGCAGACGGGUACGGCGGAGGAGUUUGCUAUCCGCGUCGCGCGCGAGGCCAAGGAGCGCUACGGCGUGUCGUCCCUCGUGCUCGACAUUGAGAACGAGGAGAUGGAUAAGCUCGACCAGCUUCCCGAGGACUGUGUCGCCGUAUUUGUCAUGGCGACUUACGGCGAGGGUGAUCCCACCGACAAUGCCGUCGAGUUCAUGGAAUUUUUGCAGUCUUCCGACGUUGCCUUUUCCGAAAACUCCUCGCUGGAGAACUUGCACUAUGUCGCGCUGGGUCUCGGCAACAAGACGUACGAGAUGUUCAACGAGACGAUCAAGCAGCUCAACUCGCGCCUCGAGGAACUCGGCGCGAAGCGCAUUGGCGCCGUCUGCAUGUGCGACGACGAUGCAAACAUGGAGGAGGACUACCUUGCGUGGAAGGACCCCAUGUUUGAGGAGCUCGCCAACUACAUGGGCCUCGAGGAGGGCGCCGCGGGCGCCGUUUCGGACUUUUCCGUGACGGAGGUCGAGGACAUUGAGCCCGAGCGCGUCUACCACGGCGAGCACCAUCCCCGUGCGCUGACCGGCUCCAAGGGCGGCUACGAUGCGCGCAACCCCUACCCUGCAUCCGUGGCCAAGACGCACGAGCUCUUCACCGAAGGCGUCGCGAGCCGCACGUGUGUGCACAUGGAGUUUGACAUUGCAGGCUCGGGCAUUACCUACCAGCACGGUGACCACAUCGCCGUCUGGCCCGUGAACCCCCAGCCGCAGGUCGACCGUAUGCUGGCGGUGCUUGGCCUGCUGGAGAAGCGCGACCAGGUGGUCAGCAUCAAGUCGCUCGACCCCGCACUGGCCAAGGUGCCGUUCCCGACGCCGACGACGUACGAGGCGAUUUUCCGCUACUACCUCGACGUCAACGCGCUGGCAAGUCGCCAGGCACUCGCGAGCUUUGUAAACUAUGCGCCAAACCCUGCGGCGCGCGAGAAGCUCGAGCGCCUGGGCAAGGACCGCGACUUUUUCCUCGCGCAUGUGAGCGACUAUGGCUACAAGCUCGGGCAGGUCCUGCAGAUGGUCGCGGGCGACUCGGUGCGCGACGAGGACAUUGCGUCGUCGACCGUGUGGCCCAUUCCGUUUGACCGUGUAAUCUCGUGCGUGUCGCGCCUGUCGCCGCGCUUCUACUCGAUUUCGUCGAGCCCCAAGAUGUCGCCGGACCGCGUGCACAUCACGGCGGUGGCGCUGCGCUAUGCGCCCACGCAGGGCACGUCGGAUGUGUACGGCCUUGCGUCCAACUUUAUUUCCUCGAUCAAGAUGUCGCAGAACAAGGAGGCGCCCGCGCUCGAGGACCCUCGCCACGGCACGCCCGAGUACCACCUGCGUGGUCCUCGUGAUGCGUACGUCGAUGAGGACGCAGGCGUGUUCCGUGUGCCGAUUCACAUCCGGCGCUCGACGUUCCGCCUGCCGACGAGCACCAAGGUGCCGAUCAUCAUGGUCGGGCCAGGCACCGGUGUGUCGCCCUUCCGCUCGUUCAUCCAAGAGCGUGCGGCGACCGCGCUCAAGGCCAAGGAGAAGAACGGCGCCGAUGCGCUCGAGGGCUGGUCGGACCUCACGCUGUACUACGGCUGCCGCCGCAGCAACGAGGACUUCCUGUACAAGGACGAGUGGCCCGAGUACGCCAAGAUGCUCGACGGCAAGUUCCACCUGCGCGUGUCGCUCAGCCGUGAAAUCUUCAAUGAGGACGGCUCGAAGAAGUACGUGCAGGACCUGCUGUGGGAGGACCGGAAGAAAAUCGCCGACGAAGUGCUCAACCAGCGCGGCUAUGUGUACAUUUGCGGCGAGGGCAAGGGUAUGGCACAGGACGUCGAGGCGGUGCUGGCAAAGAUCUUUGCCGAGGCAAAGGGUGGUGACCUUGAGGUCGGUCUCGCAGAGGUCAAGCUGCUCAAGGAACGCAACCGCUUGGCACUGGAUGUGUGGUCGUAG